AUGACAAAGUCUACCAUUUCCUUGGCUCUUGUUUCAUUCCUUUCUCAUCUUCUCAUUCUCUCGGCCGCCCAGCAUCCUGACGCCACUGUUUAUUCCAAUUGUUCAUUAGGCAAAGGAACCUACACAAACUCAAGUGUCUUUCACACCAACCUCAAUGUCCUUCUUUCUAAUGUCGCCUCCGACACAAAAAUUGACUAUGGCUUCUACAAUUUCUCUCAUGGUGAAAACCCCAAUAGAGUGAACGCAAUUGGACUCUGCAGAGGAGAUGUGAAGCCUGAAACUUGCCGUAGUUGCCUCAAAAAUGCCACGAUGAUUCUCCCAAAGCAAUGUCCGAAUCAGACGGAGGCAUUUGGAUACUAUGACUUGUGCAUGUUUCGAUACUCGAAUCGUUCAAUCUUUGGGAUUUACCAAGAUCAUGAGUUUUCCUACUAUUUUAACAACCCAGAUAAAGCACAAGAUGCAGAAAAGUACACCAAGGCUCUUGAUGAUCUAAUGGAAAGUCUAAAAAGCAAAGCCGCAGCUGGUGACUCUGAUCGGAAGGUGGCCGUGGGAAAUGCAACGGCUGAUCAGAAUGAAACUGUAUUUGGUCUUGCCCAGUGCACGCCUGAUUUGUCUCAGCAAGAUUGUGAAGAUUGCUUAAGAAAGGCUAUCUCAGAUAUCCCAAUCUGUUGUCAGAAUAGGAUUGGUGGUAGAGUUAUCAAAUUGAGCUGCAAUCUUCGAUUUGAAAAGGGCCAAUUCUAUGAUUCAACACAAUUAUCUCCAUUUCCUCCUGCUCAUGCUCCGUCUAGCAGAACAACUUCCUCACCACCUCCAGGAGUUUCUGAUUCACCAAAAGCUGCUGCUGAUUCACCCAAAGCUUCAGAAGGAAAUAGCGACAGAACCUCAAGAAUGGUCGCUAUCGUGGCCGUGGUGAUCGGUGCCCUCACCACACUUUACUAA